CAAGACCCCGUCACCGCCCCAAACCCUAACUCACGCCAACCCUAGUCUCACCCCGCUCUCUCUCUCUCUCUCUCUCUCUCUCUCUCUCUUUCUCAGAAUCUGGUGGAUUAUUUGAAUGCUACUCUUCAGAUUGCACUUUAGUGCAAAAGAUGAAGUGGGAGAUCCUUCACAUUCCAGGAAAGCAGCCAUCUACACUUGAACAAUCCACUGUUGACGUGUUAGCUUCUACAAUUGAGCCCAAGCUUGCAAACAUUCUUGUCAGGAAGUUGAAUCAGAUAUACCCGUUAGAAGAUAUACGGCAUGUAAAACGGGUAAGGAGGAGGUCCGUUGAAGGAAACAUUGAGUUAUCCGUGAUAUUAUGUCUUUCUGGUGGAUGUGAUAAUCACAUGGAGGGCCUCUCCGAGGAUCUCCUUCAUCUUAUAAAUGUCUACCAGCUGAAACCUUUCAAAGCUAAAUUUUUUCAGGUUGCUAAAUUUGCCGCUACCUCCAAAGAAGAAUGGGAGGAACAAUGCAAACUGUGGCCAACAUCAUAUCAUCCGCCGAACAACCCUGAUGAUAUUGUUGGGUUUAGCGAAGAAGACUCAGAGAUGACUUUCAACUUCAUGAAGAUUGCAAUUAAAUUAACAAAGUUCAGUUGUCCUGUUGGUAAGAUAGUAAAUGCAGCUGUCAUUGUUGAUCCUUUAAGUAGGGAGAUCAUCGCUACUGCCAGUGAUGAAACAUGUCAGAGGCCAAGUUCUAUUUUCAGUGAACCAUUGGCAACUCAUAGCUCCCCUCAGUCCAAUACAAAUGGAUCAAUAGACUGCAAUGGAGGUUCUGCACAAAAGCUAUCACCUGAUCAAUACAGCCAAUCUUAUACUCAAGUUUCUUGUUUAUACCCAUGGGGAUGGAUGGCACACAGACCAGAUAAUGAGAACUCAACAAAUUACGGUUGGCAUCCUUUAAGACAUGCUGCUUUAGUUGCUAUUGAAAAGGCUGCUGCAAGGGAUAGACAUCGAUUUCCAAGUUCAGCAUCUUCAAAAGACGCAUUUCUUGCAAAUGACAGUUUGCAAGACCCUUCCGGUAGUUCUCCGGCAAAACGACAGAAGACCAACAAUUUAGAAUAUGAAGAUAUCAUAGUCCAAAGCGAUCAUGCUAAUGGUGCGCCUUCAGAAUCAUUACGGCCUUAUCUGUGCACCGGUUUUGAUAUGUACCUUGUAUGGGAGCCGUGCGCUAUGUGUGCAAUGGGACUUGUUCAUCAGAGGAUAAGGCGAAUUUUCUACGCAUUCCCCAAUCCAAACACUGGUGCCCUUGGUAGCGUCUAUAGAUUGCAAGGAGAAAAGAGUUUGAAUCAUCAUUACUCUGUUUACAGGGUUUUGCUACCUGAGACAGUCCUUCAUGAGGUAGAACACUAGGGUUCCAAUAAUCAUAAUUGACCGGGUUUAUAAUUCUGUUGAGUACUAUUGGUUCUUUUGGUGUAAAAUUGAAAUUGAAAGUUAUAUUUUCUUUAGGAUGGGUAUUUAAUAACCGUAAAUUAUAGCGGGUUCAUUGACAUUGUUUAACCUGAAAUUUAAUGUAUUAGAUAUUGAUCCAAAUCCAUUAAGAGGAGAAACAGGUAGCGUUUCUGUUA